UUUAUUUUUAUUAAUAUUCAUUUUUCAUGACCAAAAUCACAUUAUGCAAUGUGAAGAGACUACAGGUUACAAGCUUCAUAUAUUACAAAAAUACAAUAAAAAAAAAAAAAACCAACACAUUUUUUUAUUAGCUCUUUGUAAAGGUUGUUUCAGAUCAACACCUGCAAGUGACCACUAGGUGUCACCGUGGAGACGGGUUUCGGAUUGAUUCGAAGCCUCGAAACAAAAUGGCACAUUUGCUUCGACUGUUUCAUUGCUUCACGAAGCCUCGAUCUGCCCAUCACUAUGGAGGAGUCAGGAGACAGCGAAGCAGUCAUAUAGGCACAAAGUGAAGGACAAAAGGACAGAAAGGAAAACAUGCCUGGACCUCCUCCACCACCCCCUCCCGCCCCUCCUCCAACCUUCGCUGUGGCAAACACAGUGAAACCAAAUCUGAACAGAUCUGAGCAGCAGGGGAGAAACUCUUUACUAUCAGAUAUCAGCAAAGGCACUCGACUGAAGAAAGCAGUCACCAUUGAUCGAAGUGCCCCAGUGCUGGACAAGCCCAGAGGAGGCGGUGGAGGAGGAGGAGGAGGAGGUAGAGGAGGGGGCGGAGCGCCAGGUGGAUUGGGUGGGCUGUUUCAGGGCGGAAUGCCAAGGUUAAGAUCACCAGGAAGUAGCAAUGUAAGAGCACCAGUGCCUCCCACUGUCGGGAGAUUCCCAGCACCCAGUAACUUGGCGGGAAGCAGACCUCCAGUUCCACCACCUGGACGAUCUUCGCCUGUCAGGGCUGGACCCCCAACCGUACCCCUCUCAAGGAGCUCAACCCAGCACAGCUCUCCUAGUGGCCCACCACCUCUUCCUGGAGGAGGUCGCCCACCAAGUUCCUCAUUUGCUGUAAAACCCCCUACCCAGCCAGGCAGACGUCCAAGCCUUCCUCCCACUCCGAGGGACUUUCAGUCUUCCUUGCCUCCACCCCCAAUGCCUGCCAGUGCCCUGCCACCAUUACCAACAAUCCCCAACAGGUCAUCGGACGACUUCCCUCCCCCUCCACCACCCACUGGAGGACAGAAAAUGUCAUUUUAUCGAGAUGGACCUCUACCGCCACAGCCACCAUCAACAGAGAAUAAACCAUUCACAUCCUUGACGCAGAGGCCUAUGGGUAAUCCACCUCCAUCCUUACCUCCAGGACGAGGGGGGCCACCACCAAUUCCCCCACCCGCACGAGAGGAUCCAAACGCUAGAGCCUCACCAAGAAACAGCCUUCCUCCACCACCACCACAUGGACGCUCGAGCCCAUUGCCUCCACCGCCCAGUGAGAAGCCACCACCAUCAGGAAGGAGUCCAUCCAUACGGUCAGGUCCUCUUCCACCUCCACCCACUGGAGGAGGAAACAGAGCUGGAUUGUCACCCCCUGUACCUCCUCCUAAUCGGUCAGUUGGAUCAGGCAGACCCCCUCCACCCCCUGACCGGCCCGGAGCAGCCAACUUUCCUCCACCUCCUCCUGAUAUGAAGCUUCAUGUCAAUGGCUUCCCGUGCCCUGCUCCACCUGCCACAGAUGAAUGGGGGAUGAGAUUUUCAUUUCAUCCUCAGUCUGAAUUACCUCCACCAGAGCCAUACAUCUCCUUUCCAAAGACUUACCCGAGCAAGUCAGGGGGCAAAGAGAUGAGAGACAGAGGAGCGCCACCUUUGCCCCCUAUUCCCAGAUGAAAAGUGUUUGGAUGUGCAAUAGUUAUGUUAGUUCACAAAUAAAUCUAAAUGAGCUAGAUUGCCCUACAGUGAGAAGGUUUUAUUUUAUAAAGAUUUUACAUUUUGAGUUAUUGUCUUUGAAGUGAUUGAACUAUAGUGUUUCAUACAAAGUAAUUCUGAGCCAAAUCCUCAUUGUAAAAAUGUACUUUUUAUCCAUAUACUGUAUGGCUAAUAAAGUCCAUCCUGUCAUCAUGCUGUAUAUGAGAAACUUUGACAAACAUCAAAUUAACAGUCACCCAAUUUGAUUGAUUUUCUUCUAUAAAAAAUACCAUCUGCUACUUACAGUUAAUUCAGUUACAUACUUGACAGCUGAAAUGUAACUGUGAUAUUUUGGAAGAUGGUCAUCCAAUCUUGAUUUAACCUGAAAACAUGACACUGAAUAAAUUAUUUGUCAAUGUUCAAUAUAGGGAAUGGAACGUAAUUUAGCAAAUUCACCAAUGAAUGAGAAUCAUGAAAGCAUACCAGGCUAGAAACAGACAAAUUUUUGCAGACUCACAACACCACUGUCAUCAACACCUGUUUGUUUUUACAGUAUUUAUUCAUCUUAGUUCAUGUUAAUUAAAACAUAUACUAAUAGAUUUUUUAAAUCAAAAGUUGUGUUUGUUAACAUUAGUUAAUGCAUUAUGAACUAGCAUUGAACAAUCGUAUUUUUAUUAACUGACAUUAACUAACAUUAAUAAAAGCUAUUGUUAAUUGUUCGCUCUUGAUACUUAAUGCAUUAACUAAUGUUAACGAAUGGAACCUUAAUGUUACCUUAAUGGAACCUGAAUGGAACCAAAGUGUUACCAAUUUUUGAACCCUUAUGUCGUGUUCUGUUAAUUUGGAAUAAAAAACAAAAAAUGUGACGAUUGUAUUUAUUU